AUGGAAGCAGUUAGUGCUGUGUCCUUUGUUGACUUUGUCCCUAUGUAUUUGUCUGUGGCGAUUCAGGUGGAGGAGGUUUGGGUAGGAUGUUUUUGUGGCGCUCCGUUGGAAGGGGGGGAACUGAUUGCGACUAUCUGGGGGCAGAGGAGCAGGAGGGGGAGGGGCAUGCAGGCCCGAACGCUGAUCGGGGCCGUUGCGCUGACGGCGGUGUUGGAAUUGAGGCCUUCUUGCACCAGUCCACGGAUUUUCUCGUGGUUUAAGCUGCCCACCCAAGGCCGAUUGCUGUUGGUGGGGGCGUUGGGGCGCGGGAUACUGUUGCAUAGUAGGGCGCAUAUGCCGCUGAUCCUGAGGGGUUGAGAUCGAGGAGUGGUUCGGAGGCUAGUUUUGCAGUAAUAGCGGGACUGUUUGCUGUGAUUUAUCUCCGAGGGUACAAGGUGGUCCAGAAGGGGGCGACAAGUGCGUCCGCGGAAGCGGUGCUCCAAACUGCGAGCCCAGUGCUUGAUGACAUUGGAUGUUGA